AUGAAGGCAGCAGACAUCAGAUCCUCUCUGCAGAGACCUCUACAGCACAGAGAUCCACACAUGGCUCCUACAAUCACUGCAGCAAUGACCAACUCUCAGGAGCACCUGCCUCUGACCCACAAGCUCAGGAAGCCUCUGGUGGAGAAGUUACGCAGAGAGAGAAUCAACAGCAGCAUUGAGCAGCUCAAGUCUCUCCUGGAUCCAGAGUUCCUCAAACAGCAGCCAGACUCCAAGCUGGAGAAGGCCGACAUCCUGGAGAUGACCGUUUGUGUGCUGAGACGACUGCAGCAGCAGAAUCGUCAGGCUGUGGACUCAGCAGCUGUUGGACAGGGCUACUCCAGAUGUGUCCAAGAGGUGACCCACUUCCUGCGUGAGGAGCAGGUGGAGACACAGUCCCAGAGAAGACUGCUGAACCACUUCAACAAGCUGCAGUCUUCCUGUGAGAAGAAGCUGAGAGAGGCUGACUUCUCUCCUCUGAGCUCCACAGUCCAGACCAGCAGCAGCAAAGACAAGAGUCCAGUGAGCAGCGCCCCCUGGAGGCCGUGGUAGACUCCCGAGGACUUCAGGGGGAGCUCAUAAGCGAGAGGAACAUCUGUGCUGUCGUACUUUAAACCUCCUCAUUCUCGAGGUGGACUCGUUUGGAAGAGUUGUUGCACAUGUUACUGUUUACCUUUUGUAAAGGUCACAUUCUGAUGGUCUGUGAUAUUUGCAGGUUCGCUACUACUUUGUUCGUCAAAGAUUUAGUCACUUAUUGCAGCUGUUAUUCUGUGAAGUAAACGUCAUCGUUCCCCAUGGGAAUGCCUGUCAUUGUUUUUAAAUUACUUAUACGGAUAUUUCCCAUCACUGGGAUAUGUUUGUAUUUUAUCUUGUUUCUGUGAAAAUAUUGAGCAGCAUAGAUUCGUAUUCUAUGAAUUCCUAAUUUUCUUGUAUUCAUUCAUGAAUACAAUCAGGUGUUUAGCCCGUAUCGGCCAGAAUGAUCACAACUGCCUUAAAGUCCUAUAAGUCUGAGUUUUACAUCAAGAUUCAUUCUCUGAAUUGGACAUCUGCAUAGCUACUCUUUGGUGGCACUUUCUUGUUUUUACUCUGUAAAAGAAUAUUGACCCAUGUUGGGUUUUGAAUAUGUCUUCCCUGUUGCCAACAUUCUUUCUUGUUUUAAGUGAGAAUGAUUAUCUUGGAGUUAUUUCUCUCUCAGUGUAAGAGAGUUCACAGUGUAUUUGUUUUUGUAAUCUACCUGAGUACAGUGUUUUCCACUGUGAUGCAUCAUCACCACUAGUGCCUCUAUGAUGUGACCCAUUCAAGAUCUUUGAAUAAAAAACAUCAACUGAACUAUCGA